GAGAGGAUGGCGGAAGCAGCGGCUCUGGCGGGGAAGGGGCUGCUGCGCGCUCAGUGCCGGCGCGCCCUCUGCAGGGAAGGUGGAAGAAGAAGAUGGGGUUUGCAAUCUAUAAACUCCCCGCGUAGGUUUUGCAGCACUGGAAUGGCCUUAGAUAACAUCAACAAGCCGCUUAUUGACCGCAUAAUCAGAGUGGAUCAUGCAGGCGAAUUUGGGGCGAACCGCAUUUAUGCUGGGCAAAUGGCAGUCCUAGGAAGAACUUCCUUAGGACCAGUUAUUCAGCAAAUGUGGGAUCAGGAAAAAGCCCACUUGAAAAAACUCAACGAAUUAAUGAUCUCGUACAGAGUCCGCCCGUCUGCUCUAUUGCCUUUUUGGAAUCUUUCAGGUUUUGUGUUGGGGGCUGGCACUGCCUUACUUGGGAAAGAAGGCGCCAUGGCUUGCACCGUGGCCGUAGAAGCAAGCGUAUCGGAGCAUUAUAACAACCAAAUCAGGAAACUCGUGGAAGAAGAUCCAGAAAAAUACAGGGAAUUAUUAGAGACAAUAAAGAAAUUUCGGGAUGAGGAGCUGGAGCAUCAUGACAUCGGGUUGGACCAUGAUGCAGAACUGGCUCCAGCAUAUUUGGUUUUGAAGAACGCUAUACAAAUUGGAUGUAAAGCAGCGAUAUUUUUAUCAGAAAGGAUAUAGUGACUUUUGUGUGUGUGAUAGUCUAAUAAUGUUGAAUAAGGAGAUUCUUGCUGCAUCGUUCAAAUAAUGUAAAACUAAAGUUAUACAGUGGAAA